AGAGGCCUUGCGUUACUUGGUGGAGUCGCUUCGAACGCUACGGUUGUGUGCUGGUCCCGUUCUGAUGUCGCUCCUCGGUCGUCGUUUUCUGUACCGUUCGCAGUAGUCAGUGUUUCGUGCCUCCGCUGUAUACACGAUUGCUCCGCUGGUAAUCUGCCCAAUAUCGCACAAUCGUCGUGCACAGUAACAGAUAGUGUUUCGAUAGGAAAGUCGGUGUGAUUUGUUUUAGAAAACAAUAACAAAUUAAUUUGUGCAAAGUGCAUCGUCUAGGUGUGUCUAAAUAAUACAAAAAGUAAUCGAAGACGCCGCGAUUUAAGUGACCGUAAUAAGUGAUUUUAUAGUUGACAUGAAGUGAAUCCGUUUGUGACCGUGAAAGCAUCUGAUUUACAGCAUUGCAGUAGGCGGUGUGGUGCGUUGAUUACCAUAGUGAUUGUUGUUUUUUUGGGUGUUGCUCGUGCAAGAAGGCUUAACGAUCCAAGAUGCCUGAUCACGAUAUCGAGAUAAUAACAAGCGAGCAGUUGCACAGCGAACUGCGGAAAUCGCACAAAAAUUUUAUCAUUCUCGACUGUCGCAGUUCAAAUGAGUUUACCGAGAGCCAUAUCCGUACGGCGGUAAACUUUAGCAUUCCGAGCAUCAUGCUUCGACGGUUUGCCGCUGGCAAAAUAGACAUCACCUCAACGAUCAAGUGCCGCGAUUUGAAAGAAAGGAUACUGUCCUGCUACAAGGAGAGUACCUUCGUGUUGUACAACAAUAGCAACGAUGUGGUGAUCAACGAUCCUGGCUACAAUAAUCAAACGACGAAUGACACUACAAUCAACGUGUUGCACAGAAAACUUAAGCAAGAUGGCUGCCGUGUGGUGUGUCUUGAAGGUGGCUAUGCGAACUUUCGGCAAUCGUUUCCGGAGUGGUGCGAGGAUGAAGUCAUCAACGCUAACCUGCAGUCGGGAUGUGCCGCUACCGAGCAACUGAUGGGAUUGAGAUCGCUCCGCAUAUCGAUUCCGUUCUCGGACUCAGCCUGCAGCAGCAGCACCGAGUCGUCCGACUGCGAAAGUACAACGAACUAUCUCGCCGAGCCGGUCAACGUCGAGCCGGUCGAGAUCAUGACCGGGCUAUUUCUUGGCAAUGCUUCCCACAGCGAAGAUCUUAAAUCGUUGAAAAAGUACAAUAUUAAGUAUAUUUUGAAUGUUACACCAGACUUGCCAAACGUAUUCGAACGUGAUGGGCAUAUAAAAUAUCUCCAGAUACCAAUCACUGAUCAUUGGUCACAGGACCUGGCUGGGCACUUCCCCAAUGCAAUAAAAUUUAUAGACGAGGCCCGUUCAAAGGGUGUUGGAGUUCUUGUUCACUGCCUAGCGGGAGUCUCCCGGUCGGUGACGGUUACUUUAGCCUACAUCAUGUUUGCCCGCGCACUCAGCCUGAAUGACGCAUUCUCGUUGGUACGGGCCCGCAAGCCGGAUGUUUCUCCCAACUUCCAUUUCAUGGAGCAGCUGCACACCUUUGAGCGCCAGCUGAACCUUGACGCCAGCCAUCGAGCCAAACUGCUUCCAGGUGUUUCCUCAUCAGCCUCGGCGCCUUCCUCUUCGUCCAUCGGUGGUGCUUUCCCUUCUUCCAGCGGAUUGAGCCUGCAACGCAACUUAUCCAGCGAACAACCACCAGGAUCACAGGAAAGAAGCGGCUCCGGCUCAGGACCACGAACCCACAUGGGGAAGUACAGCUGCACCUGCUUCGAAGUUGAGUGCAAAUGCACCCAGGCAGCUAUUGAACUGCUUGGACCCUUCAGUAGCGGCAUCUCCCCGGACUCCGGCAUUGAGUUCGACCGGUGGACGCCCAGCAGUAAUACGCCUAAAUGAGGUUCAGCCGUAGGGAAAACAUUCACUCUUCCAGACCCAAUCCAGAUACUGCCAACCGAAUCAUCGUCUUCGCAGCCUUCUUCGACGGGAUCGCAACUGUCUCCAACUUCCGAGCAGUAAAUCGCAGCAACCGAGAUCUGAGAGAGAUAAUGUUUUUUCUACAAAGCCAUAUUGAGAAAAAAAUCAGGUUUGACCUUAUACCUACCUACAAUUUUUGCAACAAAACAAAGAUUUUAAUGUAAUCAAUUGAUGUUCGAUCCCUCAAAGGAAUCCAUAAAAAAACACUAAAUUCCAUUGUAUUUGAAUGUGCACAAGGAUGGAAUAAAUAACAUUCCUUCCCUAAGUCACCAUUUGGAUCCACUUUAGAAAUCGAUCCGCGUAGCAACUCAUGACGAAGCGUUCAAAUAUGAUCGACCAGCUGAAAGCUGCGGCACUCAAUCGCCAGUAAUUGUUUUUGGGAGCGCUCGUUUUGGUCUACACGUGGAUUAUUUGUUGUUUUCAUUGAUGAAUCAAUGAGAGAGAGACUUACAGUCGCAGUUUUUUGGAUCGUAAUUUUUCUUGACGUAUUAAAGUCAGGGCAACCUAAAUAAAGUUUAAUCGUGAUUGAACAAAAUUUGUAAUAAGAUGCAACCUUUUUUUCUAAAACCACAAAUACAAGUUACAUACAAAUGUUUUAACAAUAAAACACUACAACAUACCUACAUUUAAAAAGCGAGUAAAACUAGAAAAAGCGGAAGUUUAUCGCUGUAUUUGUAUGAUAAGUAAACUCAAACUACUAAGUACGUGAAUUAUAUCGCUUUUCAACUGUAACUAGCAAAAUUCAUAAGAAUUAAUUGCCACAUAUUUGCGGAAAUGUACAAUUUACUAAAAUAAUUAGACUUUUAGGUUGAAAUAAUUAAAACUUAUUGAAUAAAAAUCUUAUUGUAAAGAUUAUUUUAGGUUUAGAAUAGGUUAGCUAUGAUGGAAAACUGAAAAUUAAUAUUAUCUAUAUAUUAACAUAAAAGAAAUAAAUUUAGUAGGUACUCAUGCGAAAUAUUUUAUUUAUGUUGAUCUUUUUUAUUCUUGAUUUAAUAAGUUAAUGAGUUUUAUUUUUGCUGCUAUCCUUAGAGAACAAGUGCAGCUAUCGCCAAAUUAUGAAAAGGAAAAACUACAAACAAAUCCAGUUGAUUAGAUGUUUAUUGACUAACUUGUAUAAUUAACUCAAACAACAAAAAACACUGUAACUGUUGGUUUUACACAAGUUGAUGGGAGAACAAAAGUCUAAUGAAUUCAAUUAAAGUCAUGUUAAAACCAAACAAAGCUAAGUAGAACCGAUCUACGCUUCACAAAACUACAGAAACAAAUCGCAUAAAAUAUUUGAAAUCACACAACAAAAUACUUUUACUCAAAGUCUAAAUGAAAUUGUUCCCGCGUACCAUAUGGAAUGGGUAAAACUCACACAAAUUCAUCCGAGCAGGCCGAAGUUGUUUUUUUUUAUUUCUAAUAAAACUUUACAUGAUGCUAUAUGAACAACUAUGAAAGAGGAAACAUUAUAGAAAUAUAUUCACGAUAUUUAUGUCAAUAGUAAAA